AUCAGUGAAGUAAACGCGUCUUCGCCGGAUCCGACCCGAUACGUCUGCGAACCGGUCGACGACUCCAAGGCGGUAAAAAGGCGUGAGGGGGGAGAAGUCGAGCUGCAGCCUGCAGCAAGAGGGGGAAAAUUGCAGCGGGAUAGGAGAUGCGGCCGAACAUCGUUGCUGAGGCAGGGUUGCCGACCAGGCUGCAUCAAUGGUGGGCCAGUGUUCCGUUUAUUACUUCUGGCAUCAUCUUCACUUGUGGCAUCAUUUAUCUGGUCUGCUUGUUGGUUGGUUAUGACUCCUUUAGUCAGAUAUGCUUCUCACCUUUUGAAAUCAUUUCACAUUUUCAAGUUUACAGGAUGUAUACAUCUGUUCUUUUUCACGGAUCUUUACUUCAUGUUCUAUUCAAUAUGUUAGCUUUGGUACCCUUGGGCACUGAAUUGGAAAGAAUAAUGGGCUCUGUUCGACUUCUAUAUUUGAUGCUCCUGCUUGCAACUAUCAAUUCUAUAUUUCAUCUAAUAAUUGCCUUACUGGUGGCGAACAAUCCCUUACAUCCUUUUCCAUUCCUAGAGACUGAAUGUGCCAUUGGUUUCUCUGGGAUCUUAUUUGCAAUGAUUGUCAUAGAAACAAGUUUGAGUGGCGUUCAAUCUAGAAGUGUUUUUGGACUCUUCAAUGUGCCUGCUAAAUGGUAUGCAUGGAUCUUGUUGAUACUCUUCCAAUUUCUAGCCUCUAAUGUUUCAUUUCUUGGACACUUGUGUGGCAUUCUCUCUGGGUUUGCAUACACGAGUGGUCUGUUAAAUUACUUGCUUCCUGGGCCAUCUUUUUACUCUUCCAUCGAGAGCUCCUCUAUACUGUCAUUUUGUGUAAGACGCCCUAGAUUUAUAUUGUGCACUGGAGGGACCACAUAUGGCCAGAUUCCAACAUACACUAGCACAACAGCUAUACCUGAUGGUUUGAGGUCAGGUCUAUGGAGGAAUAUCUCUUCAUGGAUGCCACAAAGGGGAGCAUCACCUGCUCAGUCAUCAGAGGAUCCAAGAUUUCCUGGAAGGGGACGCACACUUGGUUCAACAAGAAAUCAAUCAGCUGGCCCUACUGAAUCUGACAUAAGCUUACAAGCUAGGCUUUUAGAUAACUCAACUCGAUCCUUGGAGACAAUGAAUUCAGCAACACAACCAACAGCUGCAAGGCGUUUGUCUCUAGAUACUGAAGUGGGUUCUGAACUAGCGGCAAACAUUCAGGGUCUUGAUAACUUUGAAGAGGAGCUCAAGAAAUUAAUAGCUAUGGGCUUUGAGAAGACUCAAGCUGAAGUUGCCUUAGCCGCUGCUGAUGGAGAUCCCAAUGUCGCGAUUGAAAUUCUGAUGAGCCAGCAGCAGCAAUAGGAAUUUCGUGGUCAAGCCAACUUGCUGUAAGCAGUUUACUGAAGGAGACUGGAGUAUUCUGUAAGAACAUUUUGGAACUUCUUUGAUGUUUCUCUUCCCAUACAAGAACUUUAUUCCUUGUAAAAAUUCACUGUCAGCGAAUUGAGAUCAUCUAGAGGUAAACCAAGAAAAUCGAAACAUUUCAUUUGA